GAUCAAAGUUAAGCUGCCAAUUGCAUAACUUUGAGCAACUCUCCUGGCUCGGCUAUUAAGGAGCUGAAUCAACCCACGAAGAUCUGAGAAGGAGGGGGAAAGAAGGAGACCUCCAAAUCCUCCAACCAUCACACACAUUCACACACACACACACACACACACACACACACACACACACACACACACACAUACACUAAUAACUAGACAGACAGACAGUACACCAGCUUCCUUUGGAAUUGUUGAUGUUAUUAACCUACUCCAGAGAUCAUGGCUCCCUUUGGACGAAACUUGUUAAAGACUCGGCAUAAAAACAGAUCACCACCUAAGGACAUGGAUGCAGAAAGAGAAUGAAAUUGUGUUUGGGUUUGCCAAGAAGAAAAGAUUGUCUGUGGACUGACAAAACGUACCACUUCAGCUGAUGUAAUCCAGGCUUUGCUUGAAGAAAUGAAGCGUACCUUGGGAGAGAAACGAUAUCUUUUUGGACAGGCCCAGUGAUUACUGUAUCAUAGAGAAAUGGAGAGGCUCUGAGGCGGGGUCCCUUCUCCCACUCACAAAAUCCUGAGACUUUGGAAAGCCUGGGGGGAAGAACAGCCCAAUAGGCACUUUGUCCUAGUUAAAGCAGAUGCUCUGGUUCCAGCUCCCUUAUGGAAGACAGGAGAAGCAAAACUAGUUCAAAACACAGAAAAAACCAUGGACCUCAGUCCAGCCAAUUAUAUGAAGAUGUUGCCACUAGACAAGCAGAAAAGGAUAGUCAGGAAACAUUCAGGAAACUAGCAAAAAUUAAGCAGGACUCUGUUAUGCAAGACCGAGACAGCAUGGAGACGCUGGUGCAUUUGAUCAUUUCUCAGGACCACACCAUUCAUCAGCAGGUCAAAAGAAUGAAAGAACUGGACCUUGAAAUUGAGAAAUGCGAAGCAAAAUUUCAUCUGGAUCGGGUAGAAUAUGAGGGAGAAAAUUACGUCCAGGAUUCUUAUCUAAUGCCCGGUCCCAGUGAGAUCAAACAACAAAAAGACAUGAAGCUGGAAGAAAAUCAAACACCUGACUAUCUGAGUGAGAGUGAAGGGAUAUUACACCUGGAAGAACGGCUGAAAUAUUACAGGCUGCUUAUUGACAAGCUAUCCGCUGAAAUAGAGAAAGAAGUCCAAAGUUUUUGCAUAGAUGUGGAUGUAGAAAUGGAAGGGACAGUUACAGAAGAAAUAGAAAAGAAAAACUUGGAAAGUGUAAAGCAUGAUUUGGAGAAAAGUAUGAAAGCAGGUUUAAAAAUCCAUUCUCACUUAAGUGGCAUCCAGAAAGAGAUUAAAUACAAUGACUCCUUGCUUCAGAAGAAAGCAAUAGAAUAUGACCUCCUGGCAGAGGAACUGGAUUCACUUCAUUUUAGCCACAAAGAUGGAUGCCAGUCUAAUGAAGAUAGGGAGGAAGGACUUGCGGGUACCAGUAACAGUGUGGCAGGCCCUCACUUUACUCAGAAAGUAUUUCAUUCCUAUGCCAAUGAUACAGACUCAGAUACUGGAAUAAGCUCUACUCAUAGUCAAGAUUCAGAAACCACCUUAGGGGAUGUAAUGGUGCUGUCAGCAUAAAUGGAAUGGUUGUCUCAUGACCUACAAUCGUGUUCUGAAAGAUUGCUUAAACAGGAACAUUUGAUGGUAAAAUCUAGAUCCCCAUGACGACCUGAUUUUAAUGACUGUCACAGAAGCCAUACCCAAUCACAUGGAUACUUGGUUAAAGUACUUAGAUAGUAGGUGAAAACAAGGAUGACAUAUGAGCUGACUUUUUUUUUUAAGGCCAACUAAAGCUUUAUAAGCACUGUGGUAAAAAUUACUGUUUAUUAGAAACAUUAAAACAAAAGAAACUUCAAGUAUGAAGAGACAUUAUACCGAAUGAUAAGAUUUAAAACUUGAGUUUAUAGGGGUUAUUUUUUUCCUUUGUUUGGUAUUUCAUAUGACUUAUACAAACUUAAAACUGAUUAUUAUUUUAAGAGGGUCAAAAGAAUUGAAACUGUAU